GCUUUAGCUCCUGAGGGAACAACAAGUUCUUCAACAGAUCUGAACGCUGCACAGAGUAUUCAUGGAAUUUGUCUCGUUCAGUCGCGACAAACUGCUGGAGAUUUUAUAAAAUUUUUACUCAUAAACAAAGAAGAAAAAGAAGAAUGCAGCCCUCUGAGUCACAACCUGAAGCAGGUUCUGGUCCAGCCAUGACCCAGAAGGAGCAGCAAGAGUUCACGGCCUGCUUGCAGGAGGCCCUCGCAUGGAUGCAGAGCGUCCAGGAGCAGCUUAAAGGCAACGAUAAUACACAGGGGCCCCGAGAUGCCCUGGAGGCUCGACUCAGGGAGACCGAGAAAAUCCAUCAUUCGGAAGAUACAGGUCGGAUGAAAGUGGACCAGGUGUUGAUGGCGGCAGAGAAACUUCUGCAGAGCGAAGAUGAGGAGCUUAAGAACAGCACUAACGGCAAACUGAAGGAGCUGAAGAGCCAGUGGGAGGACACAACCACCUACAUUGUCCAUUGUCACAGCCGGAUCGAAUGGGUGUGGCUCCACUGGAGCGAGUACCUGAAGGCGUACGAGGAGUUUGAGGUGUGGCUCACCAAGCAACAGCGCUCUCUGGACAAGAAUGUGGAGCUACAGCUGGGCCCGAAGGAGAAGCUGUGGCAGCUGGACCAGCACAGGGUGAUGGUGAGCGACGUCGACAGCCAGGUGGCGCUGUUGGAGAGGCUGCUGGACGAGGCAGCCGCGCUGCAUGGCAGAACCCAGGACCCCAGCGUGGACAAACAGGCCCAGCAAAGAAUGCAAGAGGACUAUAACAACAUCCGGGAUCGAGCCAGGGAGCGGCUGAUGCUGCUGCAGAAGAUCAGCGAUGAGCACCAGACGUUUCAAAGCCGUGUUCAGAAGUUUGAGUCCUGGCUGGUGUCUAAAACCAGAGAGCUGACCGAGCUGAUGCAGCUGAAGGAAACUCCUGAGAACAAGCUGAAAGCAUUAAAGACUCUGGAUGAAAGCGUGGCAUCUGAGGAGACCACCCUGCAGCAGAUUGAAAACAUGGCAGACGCUGUGAGAGCCAACACGUCUCCUGCAGGAGCAGUAGCUGUGCAGGAGGAGGCAGAGGAGCUGCGGCUGGGAUGGCAGCGUCUACGACAGGGUCUCUGUGAGGCCGAGGAGGGUCUGCGCUGCAGCUUGGACUCCCAUAGUCAGUACCUGACCCGGUGCCGGCGGCUGGGAGAUGAGAUAGGGCGGAUCAGGGAGCUGCUGCAAGACCUGGACCAGGAGCUGGAGGAAACCCAGGAGUCCAAACGCAGUUCCGAGAUCAACGAAGAGCAGAUGGAAGGACAGUGGAGGAAAUACUCAGGUGUUUGGAACACUCUGGCUGGGAAAGAGUCUCAGGUGGAGCUGCUGAAGGCUCAACUAAAGGAGCUCUUCAGGUUCUCUGAGGACUCUCGUCAUCUUUCAGACGACGUCUUGGCUGUUGUUAAAGAACAUCACAGUGUGAAGUGCCGAGCUUCCAGACUCUGUUCGGAAUCAGAGCUGGAGCUGAGGAGCAUCCUCCAGGACCCCCUGCUGAACUACUCUCAAUGGGCCAAUUCCGUCUCUCAGGUGAUGGAGGCCUCCAACAAUGUCAGCGACUUCUCCGACUCCGCCACGCUGCUGCGCAGGAUCGAGGGUCUCCUGCUGAACAGCGCCGAGCUGCAGGAGCGUCUGGGCCUGCUGCAGGUGAAAGGAGACCUGCUGGAUUCAGUGUUCGGUCCUGAGAGGUCUGACACCCUCCGCGUUAACCUGAACACCGCCGUCAGGAACAGAGAGCUGCUGCACCAUCAGCUGCUGGAGAGGAAGAACAGACUGCAGAAUUUAAUCUCCCGAACCAAAGACUUUGACAAAGAGUACCAGCUGACCCUCGCCAAGUUGUCGGCGUUCAGGGAGCGACUGCAGGCUGCUGAUGUUCUCCAACCAGACAUCCUGGCCAAAAAAAGCCAGCUGGACCAGAUGUUGGUUCUCCAGAAAGAGCUUGAGGACGGUAAGGCCCAGCUGAUGGUUCUGGAAACUCUGAUUUCAUCCAGCCAGGGCAGCAGGACUCAGUAUGAGAAGCUGUGUGUCGAUUGGACCGAGCUUCUGAGGAGAGUAACGGUCAAAGUUCAGGACUGUAAGGAUAUCGUUUCUGGCCAUGAAAGUUUUGACUAUGAGUUUCGGAACAUGGAGGAGUGGAUGCUGAGGCAGAAGCCGGAGUCGUUCCAAAGUGUGGAAGGUCGCCACACUGAAGCCGAGAGACUUCUAGGAGAGUUUACUGAGAAGGAGCUGCAGUUGCAACAGAUAGAGGCUCAGAGUGAGAAUGUUCUAAGGAGAACAUCAAAGGAUGGGCAGGUCCACAUCCUGAAGGACAUGGAGCGGCUCAAGGAACGCUGGAAUAACCUGCAAACCCAUCACGUAUUCUUUAGUAAUGGUUCUAGUUCCGACCAAGGUUGUUUUUUGUCUAAUCAGGGCAGCAAAGGAUCCAUCGAAAUCGACUGGAGUCAGUUUGAGGCCUGGUUGAGCAGGGAGAACGAAGUUCUGAUGAAGAUAAUCGGAACCAACAAGAGGGCCUUUACUGCGGAGGAGGUGCAAACCAGACGGGGAGCCCUGCAGGCUCUGAGAUCCAGACUGCCUGAGGGUGAGCAGAUGUUUCAGCUGCUGCUCGAUCAGACUCUAAGCACUAAGAGUGAAGAUGAAACUCUGGAGGACCUUCGAUAUCGUUGGAUGCUCUAUAAAUCCAAGCUGAGGGAGGCAGAGACCUACCUUGUGAUUACCAAGCAGAGAGAUCAAGAGGGUGUGAAUGGGGCAGUCUCUGAAACAAGAACAGAAAAGAAACCCUGGCUGCUGUGGAGGAUUUGUCGUUUGGCAUUUCUUUUGUGGCUCCUCUUCCUCGCUCUGCUGCUCCUCGCCUUCCUGCUGCCGCUCAUGGACGACGGAAACAGUUGCUCGCUAUCCAACAACUUUGCCCGAUCCUUCAGCGUCAUGCUGCGCUACGAUGGGCCUCCUCCUACAUAAGAACCAGAGCAGGGAUGGGGGUCUUACAGCAGCUUUGAAUAAAUAAUCCAAGGUCCAGCUGGAGAACCUUAUCUUUACUCUGCACGGACUUCCUGCAGCCUUUUACGGUUUACUCUACUACCAACCUUAUCCAGCUUACGGUUUUUCAGCAUGGUAACUCUGUCAGCAUGGCCACGCCCAUCAAAACUCACCUGGCCACAGGUGGUCAUGCUUAGGGGGCUAUAAAGGCUUCAGUACCAUCACAUCCAGGGUGAAGGAGCUCAGCUUUAUUCGGUUCAGGGCAGCAAAAUGUCAAUCAUAUGAAAACCUUGUGCAACAAGGUUUAACAUAAGAUGAAGUUUUAGCUAUUUUUAGUCUGGUUUACAGUCACUGUAACAGCAGAAGGUGUUAUUUUUCUCUGUUAUGUAUUUAUCAUGUUUUUGAUUAGGUUAAAAUAAAAACUCUG